GUCGUUCUUCAUCUCUCGUGUGGUGGAGACGCCGGGGGACGUUCAUGCUGGGCCACACGAUGGAGGCGUGCACGCGGGGUAUCUGGCUGUCGACCACGGCUCUCGAGUGCGACGAGUUCGUGCUGUUGGUGUUGGACACUGAGGGCAUCGGUGCCGUGGAGGGAGAGGGGCCCGAGUCCUUCACCACCAAACUCCUGGUUGCAACCAUCCUCCUCAGCUCCUUCCUCAUCUACAACUCCCAGAAUGUCCCGGGACUGGCCGACUUGCAGAACAUGAGCUCAUUUGCCCACCUUUCUACUGCCAUAACGGUCAAUGACCAUGGACGAGCAAGUGACCCAGCAGAGCUCCGAAAGUAUUUUCCGCACUUCAUGUGGUUACUUCGUGAUGUCAUCCGCGAAGAGGAAGACCCUCCACUGAUUGAGUAUCUGAAUGCAGAAGUCCUCAAGCCAACUGGGCAGAAGGACUACGACAGUAUUGUCACUGCGAUUCGUACCCUCUUCCCUCCACCUCUGCUGUGCGUCAGCCUCCCAACACCAAACCUGGAGCUUGGAAAUACUCUGCAAGAGGAAAAGAAUAUCGGUGAGGAGUUCAAAAGAGGAAUCUGAGAAACUCAUCAACGGCGAGGGAGGGAUAAAGGCCAGUGUUAGACCCAAGGUGGGGUUCGGGGAGGGUAUCAGAGUCACAGGAGAGGUUCUGGCGGAGCUGGCAGAGACGUACAUCAAUGCACUCAACGAGAAGGGGUCGGUGCCGAGUCUGGAGGGUGCCUGGGGUGCGGUUAUCGAGCUGAAGCUAGCAGAAGAGGUGGAGAAAUCCGUGGGCUUGUACGUGGAGGAAAUGACGGCAAAAGUCGAAGGAAGCCUUCCAAUGGAGCAUUCGAUUCCUGAAGAAGACAGCGACAAGCCCACCCUCAUAGGAUGUCACUGGGUGGUCUUUGAUGCAAAGAGAGAUAAACUCAGUGAAAAGAUGCGGCAGAUAAUCCCCCAGCCUGGACCAGAUGAUCCACCAGUGGAACAAGGCGACCUCUACAAAUCAAUGAUGAAGAGGUUCAAGGAUGCCAUUGUGGAAGAGGGGGAAGGAGGGAUGGAUACAAUGGAG